AUGUGGCACGUGGAUGGCAAGUACUAUGCUGGUGUCAUCAAGGAUGUCCUGCGCGUGGGUAAACGCCUCUUUCAUGAUGUCAGCUACGACAAGGGCGACCUCGAAUUCUUUCUCGACCUCAAGGUACGAAAGUGGCGCUAUCAGAAUCCUGACAGUGAAGGGGAUGGUGAGGAAGAAAGUGAAAGUGCCACUGCCUCUAAGCGCACAAAAUCCACGUCUAAGGGGAAGAAAACGUCUUCUCGACGCACGUCGCGACAACGCCCGGCAUCAGAUGAAGUCUUGUCUGGCGGCAGCCCAAGCCCGCUCCUAAGGCGUGUCGGACGCGGCGAUGCGCCCCUGUUUGGUGGGUCGACACAAAAGGCUCGCGGAAAACCUAGAAAGAGCCUUCCCCCCCGCUUUGCAGAUGACCCAAGAGCCCGGGAAUCGAGCUUCUCUCCCCCGCUUUCGCCGCUCGGGGUACCCUCGCUCGACACCCCUCCAUCCCUUGAAUCACCUGUGCUGCCGAUUCUCUCCCGCUCCCCGUCAGUAGGAAGAGGGGAUGGAAUGGGUUCAGGCACAGGGCGACUGCCAGAUCCGGGAGAUUUCGACAAGGAUAUCCUCAAUUUGAUCGUCGACGAAGUGGAUGUGCCGCUCCCAGAUCUAUUCGAACUGCCGCGGAAACGGUCCCGGGGCCAGGACAUUGACGCGAUUACAGCCAACCUCGUUGAGCGUAAGAAGCAGAAGGCCGCAGAAUUGCCUGGAGUAGAGAUGGAUUUGAUUCAAACACCUCCUGGAAAGCGAUCUUCCAGUUCAAUCGCAAAGGAAGAUGGAGACGCGAUCGCUCCGGGCGACUCGGGUACUGGGAAACUGCAUUCCACGGAGUUGGAAGACACGGAGGUCAUCAACCUUCAGUCUCCCGAUGAACAAAAACGCAUGGCUGGUGAAGACGGCAAUCGUCCAGACACGGAUGCGGAUCGCUCGCCAAAAUCCAAGGAGGAUUCUCGUCCACCAGAAACUCGUCAGUUGGCUGUUCGGCAACCUGGGGGUGUUGUGCCGGUUUCUGGGCCGGCACCAGAUGGUCGUCGGCUUGCUGUCCGAAAACCAGAUACGAGACAACUUGCGGUGAGACAGCCGGAGACGCGCCAACUGGCCGUGCGACGGCCGGAGGACCGAGUCCUGGCUGUCAGGCAACAACCUUCACGACAGCUGGCGGUUCGCAACGACUCUGCACCUUCUAACAUGGUUGAUUCUCGCCAUUCUGCUGGGUCCCUUACCCGGGAGGUGCCAGUCUCUCGGCGCAGAUCGCUCGACGUGGAGUACAUUGAUGACAGACGAAGGCCAAAGACCCGUGUGUCCGACAUCGUGUCUGUGGCAGGUCUGGUUGCCAGAAAGUGGGCAAGUGAGGAGGUUGCAGUUCUCAUGCGAAGAAUUCAGACGUCACGCAAGCAAGUGCAUAAUAUACGAAAGUAUCAGGCCGCCGCCGAGAAGACUUUACGUAAACGUGUGAAGCAGAUUGAGCGAAUAGAGCAAGAAGAAGAGGAGCGCACGCGCGACCUCCCCAAGACUGCCCAAAAUGCAGAUGCAUAUCUCGAUCUUGAGGCUCAUCUUGGGAGCUUCAAGGAAGACCUGGUCGAUCAAGUCAAGCGAUAUCGCCGUACUGUAGAAGAACGGGAGAGAAGUCUGAAGCGUCAAUUCGCCGUUAUCAAGGAUGAAAUGGCAGUGCAGAACACUGAGUUGUUGGAAACUGCGAAGACGAUCCGAGCACUAGACCACGAUGCGAUUCCGGCCCUUUCACGUUUAGAACCGAGGCUGAAGAAGGUUGUGCCCGAGUCUGCACGCUCCGAGGUAUUGUCGUCGCCCUCAGGCCUGAUGCGAACCUUUCCGACUAUUGGAUACAUGGAAAGCGAAGCAGCUCGUGGUUUACAACAGAAAGUUUCUGAUCUUUCUCGGAAAUCAGACUUAUUAUCAGCAGAAGUGAAGCGGUUGCAAGAACGCGAAAAGCAGCUGUCGAACGAAAAGGAACGGGCGCUUGUCGAGUUGACAAAGUCUCGCUAUGGUAUGAGCGGGGUGGCGUCGCCCCCUAGAAAACCUGUGCCCACUGCGCCUCGCCGGGACGUCGGAAUAACUCCCUCUGCACCAGUAUCAAAAGGAAGCAGAACCCUCAGGACACCUGCCCGCCCAGUAAGACCCGCGCCUGUCAAGCCUCUUGGAUUAGUCAAGAAGAGGGUAGGGGUUCCGAAAGGAGGGGUAAGUAAAGACGGCCUGCGACAUAGUGGCAAAGCAAAUCGAAAAACGCUUCCUCGCACCUCCGGCAAAUACAAGCCUCCACCGCCAUUGCCGGCCACUCCCCUUGUUCCGAAGACACCGACUCGAGCUGCACCUGUGGCGAAGGGCCAAGUGGUCGUCCCGUCGCCUUCUGCACCGAUACCCGUCAAGGUAUUUCCAGCGCAGCUGGGUAAGCAGAUGGAUAAGCAGGCAGCGGAACUUCUCGCUCUCAUCACCACAGUUUGGCUGCUACAGGACGAGGGACGCAGUGAACCCCCUAGAAAGCCUGGUGAAAAGCAAGACCAAUGGGUUGAGGGCUGUGUGAAAGGUGCUCUACGACAUGCGGUCACAUACCUCACGACAUGUUCUGGUAUUAUGAGCGCGAAGAAGACUCUUCUCCAAGAAGUGGAUGGGGAAGCAGUUAAGACGACAUGGAUUUCAGCAGAAAACGAUGCAGGAAUAGAAGCGGCCCGCACCAACUACAAGCUCUGGGAACCGACGUUGGCGCAAGAAGAGUGGAUCGUCGAAAAGAGAGUGUUGUGCGGACUAAAUGUGUCAAUCAGGACUGCAAUGAAGGCAACAGCUGCUGCACAAUUUUCCGCCACCAUCAUGUAUGCAAAAGAAAUUGGGCGAAGAGCUCUGGUAGACUUUGACGUUGUGAUGGGACCCAGUUUACAUCGCAAGGUUGGGGAUACGGGAAAUGUGGCUAGUCUAGCAGGAGCACAGACCCAACCAGCAUCCGACAUGGCCGCGGCUCUGAACCCUAUGAGCAGCCUGACAUACACUCCUGUGCGAACAACGGAUCGGACUUCCACGCCAGAUUCGUCUACCAAGGCAACUGCUACACGAGGCUCGGCACCGGGAUCACAAGCGACAGCUCCAAUACCAAGGCUGCCGGAAAGUGCGAGGAGAACAAAAGGUAAGGCUCCAAACCCGGUAGUUCCUACUGCCACACCUAUUUUGCCAGCACCAACACAAGUGCCGCGUCCACAAUCGGCGGCAGGUGCAAAGGCGUCUCUGCCGUCAAAGCCGCCGACAACUAGUCCGAGCCAACUCACCUCUACCACCCCGGCAGCAGGUGGGAGAACCAUUGUACCGAAAACCUCACCAGCUCAAAAUCAGGGAGCGGCGGUUCCUGCUGGCCCGUCUGCAAUGAAGGCUGAGAAAAUAACUUCUCAGUCAAAGGCAGCCGACGCACCAACACCGGAUAAGAUGAAGGGAGUACAGACUGCGACGGCAGGUGUGCCUUCGCCAGAAAAGGCAGCUGUCGGAGCUGGUGCAAGCAUCAAUGCUCGAAAAAGUGCAACUGAUGACGCUGCCGGAGUGCAACGUGGGCAAGUGCAAUCUGCAUCGUCUGCUGGUAAAGGCGCUUCAGCAGGCGCAGCACUAGAAGCAGUGAAAGGCACAGAUUUGGUGAGCGACGCAAGCGGGUCUGCUUCUAGGCCAGCGCCGAAUGCCGUUGCAAAGACGUCGGCGCCAGCUGGUCAGGUUCAGCCUGAAAAGCCAAAGGGGCCCACCGGUAGCGAUAGCCGUGGCUCUACGAUUCUGCCUGCAGCCCCUUCCUCCGAAAUGGUACCGAUCCCUGCGCAGAAACCCGAUGUCAUUGAAAAAACGCUUGUCAAGCCCGCCACUGAGGGUUCCGGUGCACCUGGAAAAAAAAAAGCUAGUUCGCAAUCAGGUGGUCAAGCGGGCACGAAGAAGUCGGGCGGCACCGCCAAGUCGCGCAGUGCUGGGUCUCGAAAGAGUACGAAAGCUGGUAGCGCAUCCAAGGCACAGCCGUCAUCUUUGAAAGCCGCCGCGGGACGCGACCAGGCUACUCAGCAGCCAGCAGUGGCCUCUGCGGUUCUAGGACAACAGGGGAGUGCAGAAGAGUUGCCGAACACCGGAUCUAAUCGAGUGUACAAGGCAAGGGGCAAACUGAGCGCACAAGUCACAACAAGUCAGAUAAAAGCACCACCAGGGACGGCACAGAUGCGACUACCGCCUGUACCAACACGGAGAACGGCACCCAGCAUGAGACAGGAUAUUUCGGUUGGCGCGGGUGACCAUUCGGACCCGCUGCUACCUGGGGGCGGAAUGAGUGCGAGUGGCGUGCCUGGCGUGCAAGGAAUGGACGCUUCUGAUGGAUCGUCGCUCAAGGCGCGAGAUGUUGGCAUCCCUCGGGUAGGUGGUAAGAUGCCUUCCGCAAAACCGCCGAAGCAAGGAUCCGGGCAAAAGGAAGGGCGUGCGAGCGGCAACGACCGGGGGGCUACACUACUGCGAGGCACACCGAGCUCUGCUGCCAAGGGCCGCAAGGGCAGCCAGAACACGCUGUUCCAGUCGACCCCCCGCAAGCAAGUAGGCUUCAAAAGUAUUCCGCAGCCUGGUAAACGGCGGUCGGGACUGAGCAACCCCUCGUCCCCGUUUGACGCACGAGUACAGGCCGCGUACACGCCCUCCUUCGACUCUGUCCCGGCGUCUCAAGUAACGCAACCGUCGCAGCAUCAAGAGGAGUACCGACGGCCCGCCACCUCGCAAGAGCUGCACACGGCGCUCGGCACGGGCGGGGCGCACGAAGCUUAUCGUGAACGCGUAGACGGCGGGUCGGGGGGCAUGUUUCCCUCCGGCGAGGGCGCCUACGGGACAUACGGCGCGGCCAUGCACGAGCGCGGGAACGAACUCGGGCACAUGGACCUGAUGAACCCGGCCACGCCGUCGGCCUUCCCGGGUCUGGAUGGGUACAUGAUGAACGACUCGGCGGUAGGUCUCAAGCGUCUCCCAAAUGAGGAACGCGAGUCGCUGCCGGCGACACCGAGCGACUUUCCGCCCGACCGGGUGUUCCCGGGGGCGCUGAAUUCUCCGAUCAACUUUGAGCGAAACUACGUGACGCCGGAAAACUUUGGGGCGUCGCGGAAUCCCUACGGCGCGGGCGCGAGCUUUGGGCCUGGGGGUGGGGGGCCUGGGGGUGGGGGGCCUGGGGGUGGGGGCGCUUCCGGGCUCGGGCACUUGAUGAACCCGCAACAACAGCAACAGCAAGGCCAAGCCUACCGCGGACAGCAGUUCCAGCACCGGGCUCCGUUCCAGCGGGGAGGGCCGAGAUAG